AUGGAUGUGGAGGCGAGUGCUGGCAGGGACAGCACCAGGAGGAGAGCAGCAGCAGCGGCGGCAGAUGAUGCCGGAGGAGGAGGAGGCAUGGAGGCUCAGGUUGUACCGCUGGAGCUGUACGACUCUGCAAGAGCCAAAAUAGACGCUAAUCUCCGCUGGUUGUUUGCCAAAGCUUAUGGUAUAGAUCACAUCCCUGCUGACCUGCGGGACCCCUUCUACACCGACCAGUAUGAGCAGGAACACAUUAAGCCCCCCAUCAUCCACCUGCUGCUAUCUGGAGAGCUCUACUGCCGGGUGUGUGGGUUCAUCCUGCACGCUGAGCAGGCAGCCUCGCUCCAAAGCCAUCAGUCUGUCAUCCAGGCCCUCUCCAGGAAAGGCAUCUAUGUCCUAGAGACCGACAACACACCAGUCUCCAGUCGGGACCUCAGCUCAGCUCCCAUAAAGAUGAGCUCCCACAUCCACCUCAUUGAUGCCCUGAUGAUGGCCUACACAGUGGAGAUGAUCAGCAUUGAGAGGGUUGUGUCCAGUGUCAAGCGCUUUUCGAACUUCAGUGCCUCCAAGGAGCUGCCUUUUGACCUGGAAGACGCAAUGGUCUUUUGGAUCAACAAGGUGAACAUGAAGAUGAGGGAGAUCUCAGAAAAAGAGCUGAAAAUGAAACAACAUUUGCUGGAAUCACCUAGUCACCAGAAGUCUCCCUCCAAAUGGUACUGGAAGCUUGUACCUGUACGUUAUCGCAGAGAUCACCUGUCAGGUCGGACACUUCAACACUUCCCCCUGUUGGAUGACCUGUUGAAGGAUAUUUCUGACGGCUCAGCACUACUAGCUUUGAUCCACUUUUAUUGCCCAGAACUCAUCAGACUGGAAGAUAUCUGUCUGAAGGAGGUCCCCUCCAUAGCAGACAGCAUCUACAACAUCCAGCUACUGAAGGAGUUCUCUAAUGAAUACCUGAACAAGUGCUUCUAUAUGAAGCCUGAGGACAUAUUGUAUUCUCCACCAGUACUGAGGCAUAACAUGAUGGUGUUCAUUGCUGAGCUCUUCUGGUGGUGUGAGGUUGUAAAGCCUGACUUUGUACAGCCCAGGGACCUUCAGGAAAUUAGAGAUGUGAGAUUGCUGCUGCAGCCGAAGAGUUCUCGAACCCAUCUACCCAUCUCCAAUGUCACUAAACGUAGUUUCCUGACAUCGUCAAACUCUGCUGACGUCUUGACCACGCCCCCAAGCCCUGACCUCGGCACUAAACAAAGCUCAUUAAGCCCAUCUCACUCUCUACUGCCACUGAGACAGAGACAACAGAAUAGGCUUGAGGAUGACACUUCAGAGCUGAGUAAUCGGUCCAACCCUCUGACGCGUUCCGAUGGGCAGAAUCAGGGAGCAGUAUUGGCCUGGCCAGAGAGGAGGCAGAGGCCCUUAUCACAGCCAGUCCCCUAUGCCCUCCAUUUUCCUCUCGAGGAUGAUACAGACAACAUCAGCCUCGCUCGCUCCAUCAGCAAAGACAGCUUGGCCUCCAACAUUAUGAGUAUUACCCCCAGUCACUUGCUGGGGUCAGGAACACUGCCUCAACACAGACUCUCUGGUCAAAGUCUUCUCAGUCACAUUCGAAUAGAGGAUGAGGAGGAGGAAAUAGAGGAGGAGGAGCUGGUUGCUGUUAUCCACCCUCCUGUGUUUUCCAGAAAACGACUUGAGAGUGACAUGGAGCAGGAUGAGCUGGAAGUCCAGAAUGCAACCCCCACCUCAAGGCUUUCUAAUAGUCGCUGCUCUCCUCGCCUUGAUGCGGGUCCUUUUACUCCAGACCACCAGGCAGACAGCUACUAUCUGGAGCCGUUGAUGCCUGCCGUCCCUAAGCCAGCCAAAGAGAAGAGCAUCAGUCUGAACAAGGAGGAGGAGAGUGGUGAGAGUCGUUCUAGAGCGGCGCUAGCUUACAGGAAAACAACCACCAGUGUCCCAAGCACCUCACAGAAGAAAGCCCUGGUGUCUGAGGCAAACAGAAGCGCUUUUACACCCAUACCUAUGGUAGAAUCAGUCCCAAGCGCUCUCAGGCCACCCACGGAAGGGUCGACAGGCACCCCUCAGCCUGUGAAGAAACAGCCCCACGGUUUUUUUCUUCAUAUGUCAGGAGAGCCAGACCACCACAGUCCUCUAUCCAGUGGGAUGGAUGUAGGACUUGACUCUGACUCAGACAUUGCAGAUCUUGAGGAAGAUGAUGAGGACGAUGAUCAGAUGGAGCUGACUAGAGAGGUGGUGAGGAAAGGAAAGGGAAAAUUCUUAGAAGAUGGUGAGGUGUGUGUAUUUGGAGAGGGAGAGGGGGAGUCAGCCAAGCUGAGGGAAGACUUAAAGGUGAGUGAGCGGGAUGAUAAGGAAGAUGGCAGUGGGCGCUCAAGCCCUUGCCUCAGUACGAUAUCCUGGGCAAGCAGCUGCAGUGCUUCAGGCAGCACUAGUGUCAAAAUGACCAGCUUUGCAGAGAGAAAGCUCCUUAAACUUGCCCUCCGUGAUGGAUUCUCAAGUACCAGCAGCUCCCAGAAGACCACACCAGAUGGCUCGGAGAUUACCCCCUGCCCUCCUUGGCAGCUGAGGAGUGAGGGCAGCUCCAGCUGGGUGGGGAAAGAGCCUGCUUCAGUGUUGGGAAAGAAUAUGAUGGUGAGUCCAUCAGUUGUGCCUUCAGAGCUGCUGCAACUGCACAUGCAGCUAGAAGAGCAAAGACGUGCUAUAGAGUAUCAGAAGAAGAAGAUGGAGACCCUAUCGGCACGUCAGAGACUAAAGCUAGGGAAAGCUGCAUUCUUAAACAUCGUGAAGAAGGGUGGAGGGAAGAGUGAAACACUUCCCUUGCCUCUGAAACACUCCAUCUCCUCAGAACUAGCUGGUGCUGACAAGAGUAAAUUGAAAACCCAGUCCUGCAAAGAUGACUCCUGUCUUGAUGCUCUGAAAGUCCAGGCUAAGGCAGGUCAAACAGAUGGAGGAAAGAUAAACAGAGACAACAGGCUGAACACCUUGUCCCAGGGUAAUGGAGCUGAACCUGACAUGAAUGAAUGUUCCCGCUCCAUAGAUCUCCUCAAUGAAGCUAUUAGUUCUAUUCAGCAGCAGAUGAUGCAGCUCUCCUUACAACAAGACCGACUGAUGAAGCAGAGCGUGGUCUCACCGCCAGAUCCCGUACAAGACCGACUGAUGAAGCAGAGCGUGGUCUCACCGCCAGCCUCUACCUCUCUAGACUCUAGAUCGUUCGCAGUUCACUUUGUCGAUAUCGGUGGCAGCAAUACUGCUCCCACUCGCCGUCCUCCCAAACUUAGCUCCAGCCAACGCAACAAAGCCUCAGAGCGAAAGCAGACAAACGAGAACAGCAAGACGGCUUCGAUCAACUCUGACAGGCAGGAGGCAGGGGUUACUGAGAGCUCCAGGUUAGAGAGAGGCACCACCUUCAGAGUUCAUGAUGACCCCAACCAACGCAGCAGUGGAGAGGGAAAUGGGCGAUUCUCAGACAAACCCCAAUCACAGGACCCGCCAGUCAUCUCCAAUAUGCCCACAUCUCUGUCACAGGCUGCAGAGAGAGAAGAGAACCACAUUGGCAACUCAGGGACGGAGGCCGUGGGUGGAGAUGAGAGUACCAGGGUCAAGGGUCAACUGAUUGAGGUCGAUUUGUCAGAGCUUAAGGACUCAGUGAAGGAUGGCAGCACAGAUUUAACAGACUGCACAACAGAGGGCGAGCAGAAGAAUGUAAUAGGCUUCUUCUUUAAGGACGAUGAGAAGGCAGAAGAUGAAAUGGCAAAGCGUCGUGCUGCCUUCCUUCUCAAACAGCAGCGCAAAGCUGAAGAGGCGAGAAUUCGCAAACAACAGCAAGAAGUAGAGAGUGAGCUUAAACGUGACGAGGCUAGGCGUAAGGCAGAAGAGGAUCGUGUUCGUAAAGAAGAGGAAAAGGCACGUCGAGAGCUAAUAAAGCAGGAAUAUCUAGAGAGGAAGCAGCAAGCCCUGAUGGAGGAGCAGGGUCUGGUCAAGCCUCGCCCACGGACUAAAUCCCGCAGGAGCAGGCCCAAGUCACUUCACCGAGAAGAGUCCAACAGCCUCUCCAAAGGAUCUGCCACACGUCAUUCUCUGAAGGUGUCCAUGUUGAUCAAAGCCCAGGGCUCAGCAGCAGGCUGCAGGGGAGCUGAUCUGAGCAGUCAUCGUGGAUCCACACUGUCUUUGGCUACUGAGGCAGACAGUGUCAUUUCUGGCGGGGCAGAGUCACAGAGGGCUGGAUCUGUGUGCUCUAUGGAGUCAUUCCCUAUGCUGAGCAGAGCAUCUAGCAGGAACAUGGAGAGGGACUGGGAAAGCGCCUCCAUAGCCUCUUCUAUCACUUCAACAGAGUACAAUGGUCCGAAACUUUUCAAAGAGCCAAGUUCCAAGUCCAACAAACCAAUCAUCAUCAACGCCAUCGCACACUGCUGCCUGGCCGGAAAGGUCAAUGAGGGCCAGAAGAAUUUUGUUCUGGAGGAGCUGGAGAAGUGUGAGUCCAAUCAUCUGAUCAUCCUCUUCCGUGACGGCGGGUGCCAGUUCCGCGGCAUUUACUGUUUCUCACCAGACACUGAGGAGAUCGUCAAAUUCACAGGUACAGGGCCGCGCUUUAUCACCCGGAAGAUGAUUGACAAGCUCUACAAGUACAGUUCGGACCGCAAGCAGUUCACCGUCAUCCCAGCCAAGUCUGUGUCGGUCAGCAUAGACGCCCUGACCAUCCACAAUCAACUCUGGCAGGCCAAGAGACCAGGCAGCGCACGGAGGAAGUGA